UUGAUGCCCCCAAAAACAUCCACCAUACACCCCCCCUCACCUCUUUUUUUCUUUAUCCUUCAAUUCCAUCCUUUAUUUCUCCCCCUUCUUUCUUAUUCUUCCUCAAAUCUCUCUCACUGGCAGUCCCGAAGGAGCACUCGGCUUGGUGCUGUCAUUUUAUUUCUGUUCUAAGGGUGCUGUGUGUGCCCUGGGGAUUUCUUCAUAUAUUUUUUUUUAUGCUCUUCAUCGACACAGCCAUGCGAGGGCGGAGUCUACUCUUCCUCAUUUCCCUCCUCUUCCUCCUCCAUUCAUUCUCUGAGGCUAAAAAGAAGUCCAAGCAGCCCUCAGAAGCAGUGGCCAGAUCAGACAUCACACCCAUAAAUCCUUCACUGGGCUCAGGUCAACUAAGCACAAAGGACGGGCAUCGCUGCACCUGGGAGACGCUGGAAAGAGGAGCCAACAUCGUCCUCCAGGUGAGCUGCUCCGUGGCUGGAGAGGAUGGACUCAAACCUCCGUACACCUGCCAGUUUGCUGGAAAACCUCAGGAAUGCUCCAUCUACAGCAGCCAGUCAUCCCAGUACUGGAAGCAAGUGGUGAGCAAACUGAAGAAGCGGAAUAACGCUUGUGAAGGGGAGAAAGUCCUGAAAACUCGCCUGUGCAAGAAAGCGCCCAGUGCAUCUCACAUGAAACUCACAGAGAGAAGCGGAGAAGAGACGACCACGCACAUGAGCGAGGGAAUGCAAGACGGCAAACGGAAAACUGAUGUUCCUGCGAAGAAAGAAAAAGACGUGCAGAAGGAAGAAAAGGAGGAGGAGGAGGAAGAAAAGAAAAAAGACGAAGAUGACGGGGUCGGAGGAAUAGUGAAUGAUGAAUUCUCAGACAUGGAGCCCGGUGUGAGUUACUGCGGAGAGGGAUGGCAUUCUGUCUGCAGAUUCUUUGUCAAGUUUUUUGAUGGUUAGAAAUGAGAAACAGGGUGCUUUUUCUUAUCGGGUGGAGAGUAAGAAUGUGUGGAGAAGAUGGAAAGACAACAGUCAGGUGUCAGUAAUACAACUUAGAUGCUAGUAUGCAGCCUGAAUAAAAACAGGCCUGUUGUUUUGAGGAAUAUGAGUAGACAUGGAGGUAGUUUGUGUAAUGUUUAACAAUCACAGUAAUCACACUGGUUGUUAAUUUAACAUGCAUUAUGUAUGUAUAAAAACAAAUGCUUUUCUUAUUUAGUUUGUGUCUUGCUUCUAAUCCAAAUAUCUAUUUAUUAUCUAAUGAUAAUAAUUUAAUAAUAAUAUGUCAAUUUUUUUUACUAAAACAAGCCAAUUAACCUGUCAGUGGGGUAAGUAAAUAAAUCUUGUUUUUGGUUUUAAUUAAGAAUAUUUUAAUAACCCUUAUUGGCAUUUUAUUUUGCUUGUUUAAAGUAAAAAAAGGCAUAAUUUUGACUUAUUAUUUCUGAAAAUAAUGCUAUAUUUUUACUUGUCUAGAAAAUUCUUGAUUUAAGAAUCUUUAGAUAUUUGGAUUAGAAACAAGUUUUUUAAAAAGUGUA